AAAUCCAACACCGCGGCGCGCUCAGUUAUAUGAGCGUUAGGAAGCGAGCGAGCGCUAAUGCAAGUAGUCGUCGAUUUCUAACUAUAAGCAAAAUGGAUAGCUCGUGGAUAUACUGUGUGAUAUGUGCUCUUGUAAUAUUCCCAUACGGAGCCCACAGUCGUCGUCGACGAGAGGAGGAACAGUCAUGUGGUAGCGGCUGGGUUGUCAUGCACCGUGCCUGCUACAAGUUUGACACCAGGAAGAUGUCAUGGGAGGACGCCAGAAACGCCUGCAGACAAGAAGGGGGAACCUUGAUAUCAAUCAGCUCUAAAGCGGAGAAGAAAAAGGUUGUUCGUGAACUGAAGAAGCAGAUAACGAAAGACGACAUGUUGACGUGGUGGGUUGGCCUCAAAUGGCACACCGACCUCAACAAGUUCAUCUGGCAGGACGGGGGUACCUUUAGCAGGAGGAUCACCCAAUGGGGACCUGGGGAACCCAACAAUGGCCGGGGAAGAUCCGUCGAGCACUGUGUGGAAAUACGGUUUAAUGGAUUUCUCAACGAUAGAGCUUAUGAAACCCUCAGGCCGUUUAUCUGCGAACGUCAUGAGAUAACCCAACGACCUACAUUCCAAACCACCGUAGAAGCCGUCACGUCGACAAGCACAACGAUAGCUACAACGUCUGCAACUACAGCCUCCACUACAACAACAACAACAACUACAACCACCACACAACAGGUAGUUACGACAAAACCGACCGAAGUUCCAAGCACCGAGGCACAAAAACCUACAACACAGGAUCAGCCAAAAACGCAAACACAAACGCAAACAACACCAGGAGCAGUUUCAACGUCACGAGUGGAAACACAAUCAGUUGUUGAAACAUCAUCUAAAACAUCACCCGAACAGGAAACAUCAUCUAAAACAUCAUCCGAACAGGAAACAUCAUCUAAAACAUCAUCCGAACAGGAAACAUCAUCUAAAACAUCAUCCGAACAGGAAACAUCAUCUAAAACAUCAUCCGAACAAGUAACAUCAUCUAAAACAUCAUCCGAACAGGAAACAUCAUCUAAACCUGAAACGUCUUCAUCAACAACGACAAAGCCUGUUACCUCACCAACAGUGACCACAUCAACGUCACCAAAGACUUCUCGUGUUCCUCCAACAACGCCAGUACCAAACUGGAGGACGACGUUAAGCGUGCUCACCAGCACCACCUGGGAGGAAAAGUUGUCUCCCUUUCAUGGAUGUUUUGAGCUGACUGAGAAUAACAAGCCCGUCAACAGUGACGGCAUGGCCAGCGCAGCCUUGAUGCAGCAGUAUAAGAGGGGUGCAACGACUUGUCCAGAAGCCUAUGCCUCCAACAUGAACUGGCCUGCAACGGUCGCUGGAACAUUCGCUGAAAUAAAAUGUAGAAGUGGCUCUGGAACUGCAACAUGGCGAUGUGGCAGCAACCCGACCUGUUGGCGAGGAGAACCAAAUCUGGCCGGAUGUGCCUCUCCCAAGUUCAAAAAGAUCCUCAAAAAGGUGCUGGAGGCGUCUGUGGAGGAGGCCAACGAGGAGGAACAGGUCAAGAUGACCACAGCCCUUGUGGAGGUCACCAAGACGGAGGAAAUGUCGGUGGAAGAUGUCAUGUUGACCUCCAAGGUCAUUCAGAGUCUCGCCACCCAGAGCCAGGAUAGCAAACCCAAAGAUGAGAAAGCUGUGAAAAGUAUCGUCAAGAACGUUGUUAAAGCCGGCAGCAACGUCGUCUCCGAGAACAAGUCGUCCACGUGGGAAGAAAUGGCACCAGAGGACAAGGCAAGAUCUGCUUCCAAUCUCUUGGUUGCCAUAGAAUCAACAACAGUUGCCAUGGCAGCUGUGAUCGAUCAUCCAACUGUUAUUGAAGCGAAGGAUGAAAAUAUUGAUCUGGAGUUACACGUGAUAGACGUGGAGAACAUGACUGAGGAUGCUCUUACAUACGACGACGAAGGAUCAGACAACGUCAUCUCCAUCCCUGUUGGAACCCUCAAGUCACUGAGUAAAGGCGGCCUUGCCAAGGCGGUGUUUAUGACGCAUUACAAGAUGGCGGACCUGCUCGAAGAAAGGCCGAGUGCUACCGAUGAAAAACGAACGCGCACGAAGAUCGCAAGCAGCAUUCUUAGCGCCUCAAUCGGAACUGACAGUCACGGCAUCAUACAACUAUCAGAACCAAUUACAUUCACCAUGAAGUUAACUCAGGAGAUACCUGGAGGAGUCACGCCAAAGUGUUCUUUCUGGGAUAUAAGACAAGACAAAGGCUACGGUCGUUGGUCUCAAGAUGGCUGCCGUUUGGCCGGGACAAACAACACUCACACCACGUGCAAAUGUGACCAUCUUACCAAUUUUGCUAUCUUGAUGGACGUGGAAGGAGUAGAGAUGCACACUGUCCACAAGAUGUUGCUGGAGUUCAUCACUCUGGUAGGCUGCAUCAUCUCCAUCCUCUGUCUCUUCGCCAGCUGGAUCACCUUCACCUGCUUCGGAUCGCUCCAAGGAGAAAGGAACUCCAUACACAAGAAUCUGGUGGUGUGUCUGUGGGUUGCAGAGAUUCUAUUUAUAACGGGUGUCAGCAGAACGGAAAAUAAGCUGGCCUGCACUCUGAUCGCCGGCUUCCUGCACUACUUCUUCCUCAGCGUGUUCAUGUGGAUGUUCAUAGAGGGUAUCCACAUGGUCAUCAUGCUGGUCCAGGUGUUCGAUGCCGCCAAGUCACGUCUUCCCUACUACUACAUGACUGGAUAUGGUAUUCCUCUCAUCAUUGUCUCUAUAUCUGCGGGCUUCUACUACCAAGGUUAUGGAACAGACCAAUACUGUUGGCUGACAACGGACCGUUUCUUCAUUUGGAGCUUCGCUGGUCCAGUUGCCUUGAUACUUUUGGUAAACGCCAUAAUCCUGACGUAUGCCAUGGUGAUGGUGUGUCGUCAUUCCGAGUACGUCCUCAACAGCAAGGAGAAGAACUCAGGCGGCAUGAGAACAUGGCUGCAGGGUGCUCUGUCGAUGGAGGUUCUGCUCGGUCUCACCUGGACAUUUGGCUACUUCUACAUCAGCAAGGAAACCAUCGCCCUGGCCUAUAUUUUCACCAUCCUCAACAGUCUCCAGGGUCUCUUCAUAUUCUGCUUCCACUGCCUCCUCAACAAGAAGGUGCUCAAGGAAUACAAAAGAAUACUCCACAUCAGCAAGAAGCGCCCCAGUGCCUCUACACAGUCCGCAUCACUGAUGCGCAAACAGAGCCAGUCGUGCGAGAUGUCCAGCAAGUCUCGCAAGGAUUCCAGCUGCUGAUCCCAACCACCGCUAGGUCAAGGACGUGAAAGACAGUAGUCCAAUGACACCACGACUCUCAUGUCUAGGUCGUAGGCUAGGGUUCCGACCUAGAAUUGAUACCUUUACACAUGGGCUGACCUUUGUCUUUGGCUGACAUCUUUUCCAAUUACAUUUAUCAGUUUAUUUAAGAAUUGUAAUGUAAGACACUCGUGUAAUCUGCCAUAUCAAAGGCAACAUAACUUCAUCAUAGUUUGCUUUGAGGGCCGCAAUAAUUUACGGUCGGCCGACACAAAGAAUUUAUUCAACCCAUUUUUGUUAUUUUCACUUAUUGUUUUUUCAAGGAGGGUACGAUAAUAUUGAUUUUUUAAAAAUAUUACCCAACAAUUAUACAUGUUGGGGUAUGGUAUGAUUGUACUUAAGACCUUUCCCAAUGAUACUCAGUUGGUGCAGGUCAAGUUUAUGGAUUACGUGUUGAAGUACUAACGCUUCAAGGAUGUUGUCUUUCACACUCAUUGAGACUAACCGUUGACAAGUGUGGUAUGUACUAAUGCACUAAGACAUCACUGCCAUGUAUAUGUAACUGUCUAUGCACUUCCGUAUUGUAUUGUUCUGUGUUAGCCAAGAAACUGGGUGAAUCGACCGCGAGGUCACGGAAAGAGGUCCUCAAGAAGGUCACGGAAGGAGGUCUUCAAGAAGCCAGACUUGCCUUGAGUAUAUCGGUAACGUUGAGCUACUCUUGUCUUGGAGCCAUGUUAAGAUCCUUUAGCCUCUUCCUGUAAUCAUAUCCAAACCAUGGAGAUUAACAUAAAGAAGCCUCCAAGAGGAUACAAGGGAUCUUGACUCUGUUCUUGGAAUCGAUCUUAGUAUGGGGGUAAGAUCAACUUACCGCGGAGCUCGCAUUGUGGAUCUUGGCUCUGUCCCAUGGAGCAAUCUUACUAUGGGAGUAAGAUCAACUUAACGCUAAGAUCGCUUGUGGAUAUUGGCUCUGUUCUAUGAAUCGAUCUUAGUAUAGUAUUUAGAUCAACUAAGCACCAAGAUCGCUUUGUGGAUCUCGGCUCUGUACUACGAAUCGAUCUAAAUAUUGUAGUAAGAUCAACUAUGUAGCUUUGGGGUACGAGGUCCUGGACUUUGCAAGGCUUUUGAUGAUAAUGCAUUCUUAAUUAACAAAGCAUGUUAACAAAGUAUUGCCAUGCAGUAUUCCAUACCAAAUACUCGUUGUAGAGUCUGUUAUAGAAUUUAGAUAAUAUCCCCACACCAUCAAUGGUGUAUUUAAUCAUUUAGUCAUAUGUACAGGGUAUGAAUCUGUUUGUAGUCGCAUCGUUUCAUGUGUAUAUAAAUGACAAUCAAAGUCAGUAAUUUAUGCUGAUAUUUGACAAUGGUACCUUCCUCUGCAUUAACAUUAAAACCCGCCAUGUUUGCCAUUCAAUACAACAUGUAUUUCUUACGACUCUUACAUGGGACGCAACAAAUUCCGGCAUUUUUACAUCACUAUUAACAGAAACAUUGGUAAUGUCUUUACAACUUUCCAGGGCACACAUUUAAACUAACACUCUAAGAUCUUAAAUGGAUCUGGGGACAUAUGACGUACAAAAUCAUAUGACCAACUCUCAUAGGUCAACUUUCCAUGCUACUUUUAUUUUCCGACACAAUUUGCAUACAGUACCCGUAUAAGGUACUCAAUGUUGGACACAAAUAUCAAUUCCAUAUUAUUAUAUUUAUUCCAACUGGACCAACAAUCAAUGUUUCCAUGACACGUUGCUAUGACAUUCUAUCUUGUGAUCAUCAUUCAGAGAAAUGUCUGUAAACGUUGACAGUGUGCAGCAUGACUAUUAAGUGUCUGUGUAAACUAAAUGAUAUAAUAUGUAUGACUGUUCAUUCACGCCAGAUAAGGAAACCAUGUAACAUUCUCCAGGGGCUGAGAGGCUGACAUUUGUGUCAGGUAAACGAUGCUUUGCUUCGGUCAUUGUUCCAAAACACACUAUCUUUCUCCCGCCGAAGCCAAACAUUUUUAGACCACCAUUAGGCUAAAUGUUUGAAGGGUGUUUAGAAGUGGAAUGCAUAAGAAAAGCAAGAUUUAUUAUGUCAACUCUUUAUUGACAAUUGUAUCAACACCUGAUGAAGGAGCAAGCAUAUGUUCCGAAAGGUCGUGUUAUUCACAAUAAAGAAGUUGACAUCUAUAAAUCUUGUAUUUCUCACCAUUAGACCAUCACGAAAUGCAGCAUCUUAAUUCAGCGGGCAUUGAUGCUGGGUGUUCAACCCGAGAACAACUCAGUUUUAUCUUGAGCAAAACAUACUUUUCUAAAACGUCUCAGUCCCAAAAAAUUAAAAGAUAUGCACGUAGAUAUGAAAGUGUUUGUAGGUAACGUGUAUGUUCACGAUUGAGAAUUUCAGCUUUACAGUUCCAUCAUAACAACUUUUUAGCAAGGUUCCUGAUACUUUACAUUUUAUACAGAAUUCGCAUUUUAACAAAUUAUACAAACCUAAGUUAUUCCAACGCAGUCCCUUCUUUAAAAGCGGUUGUCUGAAAACAUCUCACAGACUUAAUGAAUUUUCUUUCGUUUUUUUUAAGAUUGGGAGAAAAUAUUAGAUGCUAUACCAGGCAUGACUUUGACCGUUGUCUCAUAUUUACUGUGUUAAUGAGUGUAUAUUGUGUACAUUGUAUGUUAUGCAUUACAGAAUAAUGUUUCAUAUACUCAAGAUACAUUGCUGUAUUUUGCCUAUUCGUUGUUUCAAAAUGGCUGUUGUAAAUGAUGACAACUAUGACGUCGUUUUCAUUUGAGAGGUUUAUUGCUAAUAGAUGUAAUCUUGAAUAUCUUUGGUAUUUCAAGGCUUCCACACGACUUCUGAUUGAAACGAAAGCAGCUGUAGGAAAACAAAACUGGUCAACUCUUUUUGGAAUUAUAGAAUCUGUGGAUUCCUUUUAGAAUCGAGACCUAAAUUGGGGUUGGGGAGGGGGCUUUUUGUGUCAUCUGAAGCUAACGUUCAGAUGAUACUGAAUAUUGUAUAUUAACAGUGUAUGAUCCCCGGUGGUUCAGAUCUUGUUUGGUGCUAUUUGGUGGCUGUAAAUGUACAUUUUGUCACAUCUUGGUUUAUAAUGACUGUUAACACUUGCUGAGUACUGACAUAAUUAAGCUGUUAAAUAAAGUGCUAACUUUCUUCACACAUUA